UUGUCAGCAAUUGCUUGAGACAAGCUUCCAUGUGUGAAAGCUACUUGGCAUGAAUGCCUGGGCCGUACCAAGUGUCACCGCACCAAGAGGGGGAGACAGAAGAAAAACAGAUCAGACCAGAGCAGACAAUAGGCCCCUAAAGUGUUCCCCCUAAGUUGCUUUGAUGUUGUCCUGGUGUCUUGAUACCAGGAGGCCAGGGAUUGCUGGAAAAGGGUCUUUUUUGUCUUCAUUCACUUCCCUCCAGUUUCUGCAAUGAUUCUCCAGAAUCUCUGCUCAUGAAAAAGGAUUGAAUGUGGGACUAGCUGGUGUCACUUCGUAUUGACCUAAAAACUCCUGUGUGGUGGGGUGACAGUUCUCCUCCUCUGUAAGUUCCUCCCUGCCCCAAUGUAGAAGACAAAGCGAAGUGAACAACUUGAAAGGUGAGGGUCACCUUUGAGGAAGGAGCUCCUGACUCCCCACCCCAUGAUGAACUCUGCAGUGUCGUGACCCUUGGGGUUCUGUGGGCCCUGGAGAUGCGAGAUUUUCCUUCGGCAGCAGGAGGCACACACUCAGAGAAUGCUGGAACUUCAAGGGGGAAGGACCCACUUCCACAGCAGAGAAAAACGAAGAGGAAAAAGGCGAGCUGGCAGCCAGCACUAAGGGACGUACCAAACAAGCAGUGGGCAACUGCCUCUGCCCCCAGCAGCUACUUCUGCUGCAGCCCGAGAGGAACUCGGUGA